CCUAGACCUGGCAUAGGGCUCAUGUGCAAAUGGUCAAGUGAGAGCGGUAAUGAGUUUGUGACUGAGCUGCUGGUAACCAAAAUUUAUAGCAGACGGGCUGUCACCAUCGGUCGCGCUCACCCUCUAGUGAUAGUUUAUUAUGGCAGGGCGCUCAACACAGAACCGAAAACUAUGUCAGAAUAUAUUCGAUGUGCAUCGCUUUGAUCUGCUGAAUGUGCUGGAGACUCUUCGGGAAGCAUUCUAUUUGCCUGUAGACGCAGAAAAGAUCAAAGACGAAACGGAGGACACUGUCACAACAGCAGCACCACCAUUGAAUCCUGUAGCAACGAGCGUUAGCCUUAUACCGGACGAUGUGCCAACGCCUACCCUCACUCCUCCUGCUCCACGUAUCUCAACGCCAUCUUUGCGGGCAAAGACCGCUACUCCUCCACCAAGCACUCCAGAUACUCAAAGAUCAGCCACACCUCAAACUCAUGCGAUAACGACUCACCAGAGACGGUUUAGCACGCCGAGACCAUCUAGUCUCCCUCCAUCUUCCGUUAAAGCGAUACCCAUAGUUCAUAUCCAGCGAAAUUUGAUUCGCAUGAUCAAGAAAGAACCAACAAAAUAUAACGAGUCUGAAAUUAUGAAGAUAUUGUCGCAGGUGUUUCGUAUCGAUUCACAUUAUACCCGUAUGGAACAACUUGGCUUGGUCGGUACGCUAGCCAUUGUUGCUAAAGGAAUGAGAAAGAAGAGGGUAGCUGAUCGGCUAUCUCAACUGAGAGCUGGACUCUUGCAAAGUUAGCAAAAUCAAGCACAACGGUAUGGCAAUAAAGUAAAAUAAUAAUAGAGACUCUAUGCGAGGUUGGGAUAUCUUAUUAUAGUGGGGGUAAAGAAAAUAGAGGUUUUAGAGAGAGAGAGAAAAAAAAAUUGAGUGACAAUACUCUAGCGGUUGGACAUGGAAUGAGAGUAAA